CUCCAUUUCGCGCGACAGUAUUGAACAUGAGAACCGUAUAUAUCGUACUGCCAAAUCGAGGUUUGCUGACACUGGGCGAAGGUGGCCGGUGCAGUUGUGUGCGCACUGACCAAAGACCCAAGGAUGAUACGAGAAUGCAUACAUGUACCUUGCACCUGCAGUUGCGGAGAAAUAACAGCGAAUUGGAGAAAAAAAGAGCAAGAGACGUGGAUUACUCUGGGACGGGGUUGCGAAAGCGGAAGGUGGGUUUGCCGAAGUCCCAAGUGUUGCUGGGAUCGGCCUUGGAGAUUCCUGAGUGUACCUGCAUAUUCUUAUUGGCAUGCUAUUUUGUUAGGCGUGCACGCAGUCGAGGUUGGAAGCUCAGGGGGAAAGGGAAGUCGUGGAGAUGGAGAUUUGGAUUGGCUUUAGCUUUAUACGAUUCGGGAAAGUGGUUUGGAGCGAAUGCAUCUCUGGAGAUUUGUUUGUCUCUCUUGUUCUUUUGUUGCUUCUUCUGUGAUGGUGGGGAAACUGGGGAGAUGAUGAGGCUUGGUUUUGUCGCGGUUACACGAUCGGAUCUGCAAACAUGGACGACAUGCCUGCAAAAGGAAAGAGAUAGCGGCAAGCAGCAAAGAAAGAAGACUUGGAGCGAGCAUUGGCGGAUCCGAGGAUUUGAUUUGAUGGAGGAGCAAAGGAAAAAAAAAGGUUUGAUUGUCACUGGAGUGUUUGAAGUUGGUGCCAAUGUGCUUGAGUCUUGAGGCCCUCUUGGAAGAGGAUGGCUUUGGGCCAUGUGGUCUGUCCGGGUGGAGAGGGCCGAAAGAAAACCUAGAUAAGACGGGCACAGCACAGCAGUGGAUGGAUGGACGGAUGGGAGAUAUGGUUUGAUUGUGACCAAACCAAGAAAGAAGAGCAGGACGGAAGCAUGGCGUGGCGGUGGACGGGAGCUGGAGAUAGCGUGGCCUCGAGUAAGAUGCAUCAAGCAGGAGGCUGUUGGAUACAUAGAUAGAUACAG